AUGGAGAAGGAACCCGAGCCAGAGCGCAUGGUGAAGGUGGUGCGAUCUCAUGAUGACAGUAUCAAGCUGCUGUCCUGCCUCGGUCUCCUUCGACAACCCUGGUGGAAGAUCUAUGAGGGACUUGAGUACAGUUCCAAUCAGGGGAGCGACAACGGCGCCGUGAUUCUGAGUCGCAGGAUACAGCGGAGGGAUGAGCCACCCGACUCUCUUUACGUUAUCCAAAAAGAGCCCUACCAUCUAUCGGACGAAGUGAGGACAAUAUUGAAGCCAAUGCACGAUAACAUUGUCACCCUGUACCAGGUAUUCCACUACGAAGAGACGCUGUCGUUCGUGUAUGAAGAGAUGGACAUCUCACUCGAGCAAAUUUUCUUGCUUGAUGUUGAUCCUUGGUCGAUCAAUCCAUCGCAACGCGAUGAACAAAUCGCGUCCAUCAGUCAGCAGGUGUUGACAGCCCUGUGGUAUGUGCACGAACAGCUGCACAUCUCGCACGGCGAUGUCUCGAUCGCCAAUAUCUUGCUCAGCCGCACUGGAACCGUGAAGCUCGCCAACAUUGGCAGAAGCAUUAUGAACGCGGAGCCAAAGACAUCUGAUGACUGCAGAGCCUUUGCUGCCAUCUUCGUCGCUCUUUCGUUGCCGAUGGAAAUCAAGCCGAGUCAGGAUAAACUAGCGAGUACAGCCUGUGACUUUCACAAAGCUUUGCACAACGGAAACAUCCUCGAUACUUUGCAGGUACGUGAUUUUAUUGUCUUUCCUCGGGCCGACUUUAACAUGCCGGUAGCAUGCGUACCUUAG